AAUAGCAUGAUUGAAAUAUAUAAUAAUUAACCAUUAACCAGUUUUCUAUUUUGUUAGUAAUAUGCCAGGACAUAGAAUAUUCUAAGGCCAGGAUCACGAACGACAGGAACGGGUGAUCAAAAGGAAAUCAUAAAGAACAUCCAAAUGAAGAUUACAAGUUCUUUGAUAAAUAACCUCAAACAUUUAAUAAAUCCCUUCGACCCCUCAGCAGCCCGAACAUUGUACAUUUAAUGAUUAGAAAUUAUCAAACUCGAUACAUACUUAAUAUUUUAUGCAUGUUGCUUAUUAUUCAUUUUCUAGUUUGAAGUUUCCAUUUUAGGUGGAUAUUUCGGACCAUAAGAAUAUCGAUAUAACUUGGCGGAUAGAAGAAAAAGCAAAAUGCAGAUCUUCGUGAAGACGUUGACUGGGAAAACGAUCACUCUCGAAGUAGAGUCGUCGGAUUCAAUUGAAAAUGUGAAAUCCAAAAUUCAAGAUAAAGAAG